AUGACUCAUCUAAAGAAAAGUAGAGAUGCUUUGUCAAUGCACAGUGACAGAAAAGAGUCAAGCAUGAACAAUACUGAAAAUGAUAUAGAAUCUGGUGAAGAUUGUAAUAAUGAUUCUACACCCUCUGAUUUUUCUCAAAGAGAAGUUCAAAAAAAACAACUAAGUAAUAUUCUUACUGGAGAUGAUGAUCGAGAAGAAUUUUUUG